GUCGGUAAGUGUGUGAUGGCAGUUUGAAUGAGAAGCGUAUCUUUACAAAUCCAAUUUCAUCCUCUCUCUUAACUCCACAUUGCUGCGCACAAAGAGACCCGGGCUUCAACCAGAUUUGACCGAACCUGUUAGAACUACCUAAAUUAGAAGAUGUACGCCUGUGCAAAGUUCGUCUCCACGCCGGCUCUGGUCCGUGCUGGUUCCCGGGCUCUUUACAGACCCCUCUCUGCCUCUGUGCUGUCCAGGCCUGAGCUCAAAACAGAGAGCGGCGUUGCUGUGAUGCCACAGAGCCCCCUCACCCAGGUCAUACUGAGGGGCUUCCAGACCAGCGCUGUCAGCAGGGACAUCGACACUGCUGCCAAGUUCAUCGGAGCUGGAGCUGCCACAGUCGGAGUAGCUGGAUCUGGAGCUGGAAUUGGGACUGUGUUCGGCAGUCUCAUUAUCGGCUAUGCUAGGAACCCAUCUCUGAAGCAGCAGCUGUUCUCAUAUGCCAUCCUGGGAUUUGCCCUGUCUGAAGCCAUGGGACUGUUCUGUUUGAUGGUUGCUUUCCUUAUCCUGUUUGCUAUGUAAAACUCUGCUGUCAUUCAACACUUUCAUUACAGAUGUGACUACAUAUUUUAUUGUGGCUACCAAAAUUGUUCCGUGUUGGUGUCAUGGAAAUUUACAUUUUCAAGACUUUCAGACACUGUAAAAAUACACAAAACAUGUAUUGUACAAAUGUAAGAAAUUACGUGAUUAAAAUACAUGUAUUUGACUAUUUAACAAUGGCACUUUUAACUUUUAUGUCUGGAAUAUCAUGCUAGCCCAAUAGAAAGCAGUCCUCUUUCUUGAAUGUCAUCUUUUCUGUGAAGCAUCUGCGUUGACUUGUCAUGAGUCGGCCUUGUUUUCUUAGCGCAUCACAUGGAAGAU